CUCCUCCGCCAUAUUAUCAUGUACCCCGGGCCACCCCCAGCCCACAUGCCCUGGCCCCCCCACUCUUUCCCGGGAAUGUACAUGCCUCCACCUCCCCCACCUCCUCCCCCACACCCUGCCAACCAGCACUGGCCAAACUGAAAUCACUUUGCUUAAUGUCUCACACAGGUGCACUAUAGGUUAUAGGCACUUUGAAAUGUUAAGUCCAAAAGACAUUGGUUGUAGCUGCAAGCAUGUGCAUAGUAUGUUUGGGAUGAUAAUUCCCCACAUUUUUAUUUUCUUCCUACCCAGAAACUGUAUGGCCAGUCAGACCUUUGAGCCACUUUACUUUUGUUAUGAGAAAAAGUGUACAAAAUGAACAGUCUUAACAGAUGUGUAAGUAAUUGUGGUCAAUAAUACAUUUUGAUAUAUUUGGUCUGUGUGACCAUGAAUAAAUCUUUGGACUUUGUGUGUGCACAUCCAUAUGCGUAUUUCUAUGCAAUAUAUAAUACAAUUCGUUUUUGUGAGUACAAUAUACAUAAUGUAUUUGUGUAUAUUUACAGAACAAAUGUACAGUCUGGAGAGUUUGUUUUUUCUUUUUGCAUUGUAAAACAGUGAAAUGGCCAUUUGAAUGCAGUCCAGAUUUGCCUACAGGUGUUCAGUUGCUGUUUAAGACAGUCGUGCACUAAAGCCCAUGGUUCAAACACUGUCUGGCGAGAAUGAGGGCAACACCUGUCUUUGUUCUCUGGGUGGUCUUCGGUGGACUAGCCCUUGGAGUGCGGGUCCGGAAGCAUUUCUUGGUGAACGUUCCAAUGACCUGGAAGGAUGCUCGGAGCUACUGCAGACAAUAUUACAGUGACCUGUCCACCAUAAUAACCGACUCGGAAAACUACAUCCUGAAUGUAAACUUAGUGCUUUCUUCUGCCAAAAUCGCUUGGAUUGGUCUGCACAGAUGUCACCCCCAGUCUGCUGAGACAUGUAUAACUUCACCCUGGGAGUGGUCAGAUGGAGAUGUGUCCACUUACAGUGAUUGGGACUAUGGAGAGCCUAACUCUGAGGCUAACUCUGAAUCCUGUGUUGAGCUGUGGUAUUUGACUGGGGAGUGGAACGAUCAGAACUGUUACAACACAAAUGCAUUCUUCUGUUUCAAGUGGAGCGGGGAGAUCAUCCUGGUGACCGAGAGGAUGUCCUGGGAGGAGGCGCUGCUCUACUGCAGGGAAAAGUACACUGACCUGGCCAGCCUGCUCACCGACACGGAUAUGGCCUUGGCAGACGAGAAGGCCAGCAAUGCCCAGACCGCCCAGGUGUGGACCAGCCUGCGUUUUCUGGCAGGCGAGUGGCUGUGGGUGAGUGAAACUCAGGAGGCUGACCAGAAGUUUACACAGGGGAACCUGUCCAGCUGCCCGGCACAUCCUUACAGCUGUGGCGCUCGCAGUCGUAAUGGCAGCCGCUGGGAAAACCAAGACUGCCAGGAGAAGCUAAACUUCCUCUGCUAUAGGGCUUAGGGACACAACGCUGUAGUGAGUGUAUUUCUCGUGUGAUGUCAGCUGUAGCCUAAUGUCACUGGUAGAUUGCACUGCUCAUUGGCACUGCAUAGUAUCUGUUUUUGCUGUACUAAUGUUGAGUAGUCGAGUAACUAUGGUUUGUAAAGAUGUUGUGUAGUUAGCCAUUCAUAUUUUUUGUGACAGCCUUUAUGUAUUUCUUUUCCCAUCUUGAGAUGGAGUGGUUUCAAAGUGCAGUUGUCAGCCAAUAAAGGUCAAAUUAAAUAAAUCACUUCAUUCUCAUCUUA